AAAAUGAAUAUUGAAGGACAACUAUGAUGUACCAAUGAUGUCUGUAGUGUAAAUGUCACGAGAGUAGUUCUCUCCUGAUGCAGUCAGCGAGGUAGGCCCUCUCGCCAUCCUCCAGCAGGGCCAGCAGAGUUCUCCAAGUGGUGGGCCCCUCCCCAUUUCCCAGCAGCCAGUGGAUCAUCAUGUCCCGGCAGCAGCUCUGUGGGUUACUCUGGCCGUGCUGAGCCUCAAUGAGUGACAGCUGGGACCCCAUGUCAUCAAAGUUGAGGUGGACACCAAAUGACUUCCACUCUGGGGCCAGGGACUUGAUGAUCUCAAUCUUCUCUCCUGAUCUGGUCUUGAACACUGCCAGGUCUCUCAGACUGGGGGUGGAGUCUAUAAGGGUGAUGAAUAAUGAUGUGAAUAAGUAUAAAGGA